AUGUUGAAAACCAUACACAGUUCGCAUCUUGGAAUCGUCAAAUGCAAGUCACGAGCAAGGGAUACGUUAUUCUGGCAAGGCAUGUCUUCUGAAGUGGAAGAUAUAGUCUCGAAAUGUUCCAUCUGUGCACAGCACUCGAACCGGAAUCCCAAAGAACCGCUGGUUGAAACAGAAGUUCCUACUAGGCCAUGGCCAAUUGUAUCGGCAGACCUUUUUGAGUAUAAGGGACAAAACUACCUCUUAUCCGUUGACCAUUACUUGACAUGGCCAGAACUGGCGAAACUCGACAACAUGAGCAGUAACAAUACUAUUCAGUAUUUGAAGAAUCAGUGUUCCAGAUAUGGAUUCAUGGACAAAUUAAUUACAGACAAUGGACCGCAAUUCGCAAGCUCGGAAUUCAACGAAUUCGCAAAACAGUAUGGGUUCCAACAUGAAACCUCGAGCCCCCAUUUUCCACAAUCUAACGGUCAAGCCGAACGCUGCGUACAAACGGUGAAUAAUCUACUUCGCAAAGCUAAUGAUCCAUACAAAGCCUUGUUGGAUUACGGAAACACAGUUAUUGAGGAAAUUAAACUUUCUCCCGCGUAA